AUGGAGCAACAUUAUAUACGCAUAUGUACAUUUAAUUUACGUCGUGGUGAUCUUGAUCUUAAGACACCAAAUGAAUGGGAAAAACGAAGACCUAUUGUUAAGAAAUGUCUAGAAAAUAUGCAACCAACUAUUAUUGGAACACAAGAAGGUUAUCCAUCACAGCUUAAUGAUGUCCUUGAUGAUUUAAAUGAAACUACACAAUGUUGGUCAUAUACAGGAGAUGAGAUCAAUGAACAUAAAACUAUUAAUGCUAUAUUUUUUCGUAACGAUUUGCUUUCACUUAUUUCAACAGAAACCUUUUGGUUUAAUGAACAUCCAACAACACCUGGUGCUGCUUGGGAUGCAAAACAUUCACGUGGUUGUACUCGUGCUCAUUUUCAACAUAAGAUCACACAACAUCCAUUUAUUAUCUACAAUCUUCAUAUUGAUUUUCCAUCGCAAAAUGCUCGACAUCAUUCAAUACCUGUUCUUCUUUCACAAAUCAAAGAAAAUAAUGAUCAUCCUGAUAACGUAAUCAUUACCGGUGAUUUCAAUAAUUGGCCUGAAGAUGUUGAAGGUGAUAAGCCAACUGAUGAAUUGAUUGUGUUAGGACAAAUAGCAUCAGAAAUUGUACAGAUGAAACAAGCAGGUUUUGUUGAUACAUAUAAACAUGGAGAAACACCAACAUUUAAUGGUUUCCGAUCAGCUGGUUAUGGUCCGAAAAUCGAUUUUGUUUGGAUAUCAUCGAAUAGUGUUUAUCGUGUUGAAGGUGAAACAAAAGUCGACACUUAUCAUGAUAAAGAUGGUUUUUUUCCAUCCGAUCAUUUUCCUGUGUAUGCUGAUAUAGUUUCGACUACAUAA